AUGAAAGACAAGAGGAAGAAGAAGGACCGCACCUGGGCCGAGGCUGCCCACCUGGCACUAGAAAAACACCCCAACUCACCAAUGACAGCAAAGCAGAUAUUGGAAGUCAUUCAGAAAGAAGGGUUAAAAGAAACAAGAAGUGGAACUUCUCCUUUAGUCUGUCUGAAUGCAAUGCUUCACACUAACAGUCGAAUAGGGGAUGGAACGUUCUUCAAAAUCCCUGGAAAGUCAGGCCUCUAUGCUCUCAAAAAAGAGGAGUCGCCAUGCUCCGCUGAUGGAACACUGGAUUUAGGCUGUGAGUCUGAACUGGAUGGCCCAGAGAUGGCGGAGGCCGCUGCCAGUGGGGAAGGAAGUGGAGGUGGGUUGCUGUAUUUCUGUGUCGAUGUUUCAGGAACUUGCUGCAGUGUAGAAGAUCGCAGGUGUGGUGUGAUAUAA